AUGGCCCAACGCGCAACCAGCCUCCUGGAACUCGUCGACGUGGUGGACAACGUCCCCUCUGAUUUCGACUUCACCACCCUCUACCGCCUCUACCUCUCCGACGACCCCCGCCCCCACGGCGUCCUCCUCCCCGCCAACGUCUCCCGCCUCCCGUGGACAUCCGCCUUCCAAAUCGACCAUGCCGCCCGCACCAUCCACCUCGCCGACACAUCCUCCGGCGCCUCGCCCGGUCCCGCCCUCUCCGCCUCCCUAGCAGAGGUCAUCGACGCCGCCCUCGAAGCUGACGUCUUCCCCCAGCUCCGCCGCCAGCACAGCGAGCCCUACCGCAUCAUCGGCGCGAAUCACUUCGUCACGCUCGAACGAUGGCCGUCACCCAUCUUUGGCGUCGCGAGUAGGGGCGCGCAUUUGACGGCUUAUGUUGGCCGGGGCGCGGAUAUGAAGAUUUGGAUUGCCCAGAGGAGUAAGAACAUCUAUACGUAUCCGGGCAAGUUGGAUACAUCGGUUGCGGGAGGGGUCAAGGCGACGGAUAGUCCGGGGGAUUGUAUCGUCGCAGAGGCCUGGGAGGAGGCGUCGUUGGACGGCAAGUUUGUUAGGGACAAUGCCAAGUCGGUUGGCAUGGUUUCGUACGUUGGGGAGAAUAAGCGCAAUGGCACCAUUCAGCCAGUCGUGCUGUACCUCUACGACCUGGAGAUGCCCGAGGGCAUGGAGCUGAAGCCCCAGGAUGAUGAGGUGGAGUACUUCGUGGUCAUGAGCGUCGAGGAGGUGCGGAAUGCCAUGAUGGAGUACAAGUUCAAGCCUAAUUGCUGUCUGGUCAUGAUUGAUUUCUUCGUGAGGCAUGGCAUUAUCACAGACGAGAACGAGGAGGAUUACCUCGAGUUGAUCACGAGGCUGAGGAGGAAGCUCCCCGUGCCUGUCUCGCCGAGCAAGUUGAGCAAGCCCGCCCUGUAG